AUGAGUAACAUCGCGCUUGUUCCCCGGGAGUUUCCCACCGAGAAAGAACUGGACAAAAUCGUCGACCGGUACAGACAUCUCCGCUUAGCAGGCCUCAAACAAGACCCAAAGGCCUUUACAGCCAAUUACGAGACUGAAGCGCAGUUCCCGUACGAAAAGUGGUUGUCCCGGAUUCAGAACCCAAAGGCACGAACUUUCAUCGCUUUGGACCAGGGUGAGAGGGUGAAUUCGUCGCACGAUGCGUUGACGGCCCUUUUGUCGAGGGAAUGGCUGGGGACUGUGACCAUUGGAGGACCGAAAUUCGUGUCUAGCAGCGAAAUUGAUAUCGAAGCGCCGUGGAAGGUAUUUACGGAAAGCGAUCGGUAUGCGGCACCACCAGUGGAUGAUAGAGACGCCGUCGCGGUGUAUAUGAUUGCUGGCAUGUUUGUGCUUCCAGCGUCGAGAGGGAGGGGGAAUGGUCGUCGACUUGUUGAGGAAACUGUCAAAUAUACUCGGGGUGCUUCUCCUGCUACAGAGCGAACUCUACUGGUCCUACUGGUCGAAGCAGAAAAUGAAGCUGCAAGGAAACUCUACGAAAGAUGCGGGUUUCGGAAGUGCAGCGAGAGAGUGGAAUUGAGUGAUCAUCAGACGGUUGGGAUGAUUCUAGAACUCGAGCAUAAUACAACCCAGUCAAUUGACUACAUGGUAACUAGAUACGUUGCGGAAUUCAUCAAUAGUUUGACCAAUGUGGUAUACAUAAUCUACGCCUUCUAUGGACUCUACCAGCUGCGGCAGAAACCAAAUGCUGGUUUCCUUCGCACCGUCCCCUACUGGGGGUUAAUGGCAGUGGGAGUUUGCUCCGCUGUAUACCACGUCAGCCUCAAGUACCACACCCAGAUGUGGGACGACCUCUCCAUGCUCUUCACCACAACCCCCGUUCUUCACCGGGUCAUGACCGCCGAUGCCAACCCCAGGGUCGGGAUUGUAACGGGCAUAGUCCUGGGGUCAAGCCUUCUCGCCCUAAUAAUUUACCAUGUAAAGACGGAUGAGUUACUCCUGCACGCUGUGUUCUUUGUUGGCUCCGUAACCACCAUCGGAAUUUAUACCAUGCGAUUGAUCAACGCUCGCACACUGGCGGGCUCAGAGGCUCGGAGGCAGAUCUGGGGCAUGGUACGGUUCGGCGCUGUCAUAUUCAAUCUGGGGUACUGGCUCUGGCUGGUUGAUGGGUGGGUGUGCUCGUACCUGAAAAGCAUGCGGGAGACGGUGGGUCUACCCUGGGCUUUUCUGUUGGAGCUGCAUGGAUGGUGGCACAUCUGCACGGGAAUUGGCGCCUAUAUCUUCAUCGCGGUCAUCGAUCAUCUUGUAUCCGGAGAGGAUCACAGAAAUAUCCCCGGAUCCCUGGCCUGGCCUGCUCCGUGGGCUGCUCAAUCUGUGUUCGCGGGAAGAGGGUCUGACGAGAAACAAGAGUGA